CGAAAUGGGUUGACAGAGAGACUUCAGGGAUUUUGAGUCAUUCUGCGCUGCAGAUGGGUUAAUUGCGUUAAAAAAUUUUAAUCAGAUUAAUAAUGAUGAUGGAUUAAUCCGCGUUAACCCGUUAAUUUUGACAGCCCUAAUCCAGACAUUUACCACUCACUUGCAUUAGCUUUAACUUUCUAAUAUGCAAUAAAUGCAUAGCUUUCUUUUGUCGGACCCAUAGAGAAUGGAGUGGCAUGCCAAGUUUAGGAGGUGAUUAUUAAAAUGCAACAGUGAAAAUUUUAUCAAAAUUAUCUAGACGAUUGAAAUGAAAGAGGAGUGGCCUUCAGAAACUUAUAUAAAAAUAACGUCUUGAUGUAGUGUACUGUAUGCACUGAUGCCAUGUUUAGGAGUUCAUUAUUUUACAAUGCUGCAGUACAUUAUUAUAUAAAUCAGCAUUUACACUCAGUCUCAUCUACUAAUGGCAGAUUAUCUAGACGUUUUGAGAUAAAAGAAGAGGAAUGUCCUGAAAUGAGUUGAGGCCAUGUAUUCAGUAAUUUGUAUGUCAAUAUUGUUUUUAAAAAAGCGAGUGAAAACUGCCACCUAUCCUGGCGGCACAGCGCUACUUUGCAAGACAUUUAAGGUGGAACCGAAAUCGCGAAUAUAAGUAGCUGGUGAAUAAGGAGCCAACUUCAGCUUCGUCGGCCAAAGUCCGAACUAGUAGAGCAAAGCGGGCUUGAUAUCACGGAUAUCUAUAAAUGCUCAAACGGCUUUCCCAUAUGUCUUCCGCGUACGUGAUUUGCGUGCUAGUAUAACAGCUUGACCGACAGAGGCGGUGUCUUACAAAUAUAUUCAAGUACAUUCGGUGUGACAAGUUCUUCGUUCUGGCAAUGACAACAACAUAACAUCGGUAUUUGAACAGCAAUCGAAUCUAGUUAAACAUCUAGUUAGCUGUUUUGACGUAGUAAGAGGAAUAAGUUCCGAGAGAACAAAGUACGACAUUAUUUUUUAUUUAAUUAAAAUAUAUUUAGAUGUACGUGUUAGCGUAAUUGUUUAUACGGGGUAUACCCAAUAAUCGAUUAAUUUUCACUUUUUAAAAUUAUGCAAUCAAUAUUUAUGCACAAAACCGGGUAGCAUUACGGUUGAUGUGCUGCUCACGUUAAUUAAAAUUCCUGCGUGUCCUUUGUAUUUAGUUAGAUAAACGUAAACAUCUAGGUCGUGAUCUUUUCGACAGUACCGGGUGGCGAUAUAGUGAAACCAGCAUGAAUUCAGCGAUGACAAGCAGAAUUAAACUAAGCGUGGCCUACGUACUGCGAGCGGCCAGGACUGCGUGCGGGACGCUUCCUGCUUCUGUACACUUGCAGCACAAUUCUUACGGCAGACAAGACUGUCUGAAAACAGGCACUAAACACGAUUGUUCAGCAAUGGAUAAAGGAAGAGGAUUAAUAUUCAGACAGCUAUUUGAAGCUACCAGCAGUACCUACACAUACCUGUUGGGAGACCUAGAGUCCAGGGAGGCAGUUCUCAUUGAUCCUGUGUUGGAGACAGUGGACAGAGAUGUCAAACUGACCGAGGAAUUAAGUCUGAGUCUAAAAGUGGCUGUCAACACCCACUGCCAUGCAGAUCAUAUUACUGGCACUGGUAUUCUGAAAAAGAAGCUGUUUGGGUGUAAGAGCGCCAUCUCUCUGCACAGUGGAGCCAUGGCUGACAUCCAGCUGUCAGAGGGAGACUGCAUCACCUUUGGGAAACAUAGUCUGGUUGUACGAGAAACUCCAGGACACACAGACGGAUGUGUGACACUUGUCCUGAAUGACCAAUCCAUGGCCUUCACUGGGGAUGCCUUGCUCAUCAGGGGCUGUGGCAGGACUGACUUUCAGCAGGGCUGUCCCCAAAAACUUUACCAGUCAGUCCAUAAGAAGAUCUUCACUUUACCUGGGCACUGCCUCAUUUAUCCUGCUCAUGACUACAAAGACAUAGCAGUACCUGCCAACCUGGUAUGUGGACUUCAUGAAGUUUGAAUUUAGAAAACAAUGGAGGCAUCUCAGAAAAUUAUGCAUAUGCCGACUCUAAACAUAAUGUUUUGUCUUGCUCUACUUAUCUGAUUUUUGGUUAUAUUUUAACAAAAAUGCCAAUAUAUCAUUUUGAUGCAAUAAAGUAAUAUCAUUGUAAACCAGUUUUUUAAUUAACCGAUUAAAUGGUAUUGUGCUUACAAGCAUGCAAAUUGUGUAUUAAAUACUAUGUACAUAUUUAAGUGAUGAUAGACAAUUAUUUUACUACCUUUUAAUACCAAUAAGAAUUCAUACCUGUAUUGUAUGCUAAAAUGUCAAAUGGAAUUAUAAUUGUUACCUAUGAUGUGUGGUUUAUUGUA